UCAGGCUAUUUGAAGGACACCUAGUCUCUCCCAAAUACCAUCUCCUUCAAACCAAUGGAUUCCAAUUCCUCCACCUUCUCAUGGCUUCUUCUCCUUCUGGUGAUAGUUCCCAUCCUUCCGCUCUUGCCUCUCCUCUUCACCAAAUACCAGAAGAGAAGGGCGAGGCCGGCCAAGCUCCCUCCAGGCCCACGCAAGCUCCCCGUAAUCGGCAACUUGCACCAGCUUCGUAAGUUGCCGCACCGCGAUCUAUGGCUACUAUCGAAGAUGUAUGGCCCGCUCAUAUAUCUCCAGCUGGGCCAUGUCCCAACCCUCAUUGUCUCAUCAGCCGCCAUGGCGAGGGAGGUGAUGAAAUCCAAUGAUCUUGAUCUUUGUACCAGGCCUCCCUUAGUUUCCUUCAAGAAGCUCAGCUACAGCUACUCGGACGUGGCCUUUGUUCCUUACGGCGAAUAUUGGAGAGAGAUGAAGAAGAUCUGCAUCGUCGAACUCUUCAGCACCAAGCGGGUGCAGUCCUUUGCAUACAUUCGGGAGGAAGAGGUCGCCGAGAUGAUGAGAUCGAUUGCCCGUUCUUCUUCUUGUUGUCGUUCUAUCAAUCUGAGUGAGAUGCUUGUUUCUCUCACCAACAACAUAAUUUGUAAGGCCGCUUUUGGGAAGAGUUUUGAAGGAGGAAGCAAGCACGAGCAGAUGGAAUUUCACAGGGCCAUCAGAGAAGCUGGGGCUAUGUUGGGUGGUUUCUUCAUCGAGGAUUUCUUGCCGUUGAUGGGGUGGAUGGAUGUCCUGAUUGGACUGCGUGGGCGGCUGGAACGAUGUUUCUUGAAGCUGGAUGCUUUCUAUGAACGAGUUAUCGAUGAACAUUUACGUUGUGAUGGGGCGAAACUCGAUCGGGAAGACUUCGUCCACGUCUUGCUUCAAGUCCAGAAGGAGAGCAGUCUCACCAAAGAUCAGAUGAAGGGAAUCCUCAUGAAUAUCUUAAUCGGUGGAACAGACACAAGCUCGACUUCUGUGGUUUGGGCAAUGGCGGAGCUUCUUCGGAACCCAAAAACGAUGGCAAAAGCCCAAGACGAAGUCAGGACGAUAGUUGGACGGAAAGGAAAGGUGGAUGAGAAGGAUCUUCACCAGCUUCAAUACCUCAAGUCAAUUAUAAAGGAGACUCUACGAUUGCACCCGCCAGCUCCAUUGCUGAUCCCGCGGGAAAGCAUGAGACAAUGUUCGAUUGGAGGAUACGAAGUUGCCCCAAAGACCAGGUUCUACAUCAACGCAUUUGCAAUUGGGAGAGACCCAAUGUCAUGGGAAAACCCAGAAGAGUUCUUCCCAGAGAGGUUCAUGGGCAGUUCAAUCGAUUACAAAGGGCAGGAUUUCAAGCUCGUACCAUUCGGAGCAGGCCGGAGAAGUUGUCCAGGGAUGUUGUUUGGGACGGUGACGAUCGAGCUCACACUUGCAAAUCUUCUGUACUCAUUCAAUUGGGAAUUGCCUGCGGGUUUGGUUAAAGAGAACAUGGACAUGAAUGAAGCGUUCGGUAUAAUCGUGCACAAAGAAUCCGCUCUCCAAGUCGUGCCCGUUGCAGGUCCGGCUCCAUGGCUCAGUGGCGGAGAAACUCUGUUUCAAGACUAA